AGGAGCAAAGCUCUAAGGUACAGUAAGCACAGCAAGCUAGCAUCGCUGCUAAUCCUAGAAGAUAUCUUUAAAGAGGUGUUACUUAAUUUUGUUACUAGAUUGCUACUAGCAAAGGACAACUUAGGUUGCGUCUUUAAUAUAGUACUAGUAAUAGUCAACCGCUUCUUAAAGAUAGCGAUCUAUAUACCCGCUUUAAAGAUAUAG